AUGUAUAACAAAACAAGCGCCACUUUAAUGCUACAGACUAUAAUGGUGUUGAUGGAAAAACAGAAUUCCACUGUUACUAAUUUCCCAUCUACGUUUCUUGAGGACGCUGAGAUUGAAAGAUGUUACGGUUUGUACGGAUGUUUCUCGAAGGCGUAUCCAUGGACUGAACAUCGUCCUGACAAUUACUUCCCCGCGUCACCAGAAAGCUUAGGAGUGAGAUACGCUGUAUUUACAAGAAGAAACAGAAAAAUACCUGUUCUAUUACACGCAGAUGACACGGCGAAGAUAAAAAAUGCAAAUCUCGAUAGUUCUGGUCCAUUUUAUUUUAUAUCACACGGAUUCCUGGAAGGCGGGCAUAAACUUUGGAUACAACAUAUGGCAGAUGCUCUUUUGAAUCUUAAAGGCAAUGACGCAGCUACUGUUGUCGUUGUUGAUUGGAGACGUGGCUCGCAGCCUCCCUAUGGUCAAGCAGUCGCUAACAUUAGACUAGUCGGCGCCAUGACAGCUCAUCUGAUAAAAAAUAUAUACGAUGUCUUACAAUUGUCAAAUCUAGACACUUUCCAUUUUAUUGGGCACUCUUUGGGCGCACAUUUAGGAGGGUACUGCGGUCAUGCUCUUCAAAAGAAAUUUAACCUAAAGUUAGGAAGGAUAACUGGUUUGGAUCCCGCAGCGCCGUACUUCAGUAAUACUGUGACGUUGGUUCGUUUGGAUAAAUCGGACGCUCAAUACGUAGAUAUCAUACAUAGCAACGCCAUGCCGCUGUAUUUUUCAGGUUUCGGUAUAUCAGAACCAAUAGGUCACGUGGAUUUCUUCCCAAACGGUGGUUCAGUUCAGCCCGGCUGUAAGAACGACAAACCUUACCAGGGAAUAGACAACGACAUGUACUCACAAGUGGUUAAAUACGUCAGCUGUAAUCACGAAAGAAGUUAUGAAUUGUUCACUGAGAGCGUUGCACCUUUAUGCCCUUUUAUGGCUAUUCAGUGUAAAUCCUAUGAGGCUUUUCUUGAAGGAAACUGCACUACAUGUGACAAAAAACACAUCUGUGUGCCGAUCGGAUUCCACUCACAGAGUUUCUACAAACGGUUACAAUCUAAUGGACUUGUUGAUACCAAUACAAAUAUCGCUCUGUAUGCUAUGACCGGGAGUACUAAACCAUUUUGCAGAGUUCAUUAUGAAGUAACAAUAAAGGUGUCAAAUAGCACUGAAAGCAGAAUACACGGCCCAGAUGUAGGGCGAGUAUCAAUUACACUUGUAGACAGAAAUAAUAAUAAGAGUGACCAUAAACUUAUGAAUGACGAACAAAAAUAUUACCGGCCAGGUGAUAUAGAAACUAAAUUAAUUGCUUUCAAAGAUACGGGUCUUCCGCCAGUUUCAGUGAUUGUUGAAUGGAAAUAUGAAACGAGUAUAUUGAACCCGAUGACAUGGAGAUUGUUGAAGUCAUCUAGCAUUUACAUUGAAUACAUUAAAAUAUCAUCCAUAGAAUACAACACUGUAAUGACCGUUUGUCCGAAACUUAAAAAACCCGUGGUUACAAACUUGCAGACUAUUAUGAAGACUAAAUAUUGUGUGUUUUGA